GAGCAAUUUGGUACAUGCUAUAUUGAGAUGAGUUGGGUAUUUCUGCUCCUUUCCCGAGAAACCUACAGGUGGCAAAUCCAUAUUUAAACAUGAUCCCGUUUGUUCGAAUAAACAUUAACCACAACCUUCCUCAUUCAAUCAUUAAACAGCAUCCCGCAUAUUCCGCGGCAUCGUCCAGUACAUAAUACAGCCUGUACCCCGCACUUAAAGCAUCUUCCAGGUUGCUUAAGAAUUCCAUAUAUCUGGUCUAUUGCCACUUGCACCACUGCAGUUUGAACAUACUGCUGUUUUUUUAUUCGUUCCAUAAUGUCUCAAAACGAUCCAAGUCGUCUUCAUACCGGGGAGUUGGAAAUUGGCUAUACAGAAGCAGUAGAGCGCCAUGCAAAUAGACAUGUCGUGGCACCUAAGCCUGUUUCGCAACGCAAACUAGACUUCGAGAAUGCAAGGCCGAGGUGGAUCAGAGAAAUGGCUGCCGAGGCCAUGGGAGUGUUCUUCUUUGUUUAUCCGGGAAUUGCAUCAUGUGCGUCAUUCUUUCUGAAUCCUGGAGACCCAGGGUUCGGAUCAGUGUUCCAAAUUGGUUGGGCCUUUGCGAUUGGUAUUGCUUUUGCUAUCAUAACUUGUGGAAGUACUUCAGGAGGACAUUUCAAUGCAGCAGUGACGAUAUCUUGUGCUGUUUGGCUAGGGUUCCCUUGGAAAAAGGUUCCUCAAUAUAUCUUCGCUCAAGUCUUCGGUUCUUUUAUGGCAGCCAUGCUUUUAGUUGGACAAUACUAUCCACAGCUGAUGGAACUUGCUGCGGAUUAUCGUGCUAAAGGCUUGAGUCUCAACUCACCAGGCGGACCGGGAAGCAUUCUCUGCUCUUUCCCUGGAGCAUCACAAUCAUAUGGAUAUCUGUUCUUCAUUGAGUUUUUUGCCGAUGUCUUCGUGGGAAUUGUCAUUUGGGCUUGCCUUGACCCUAUGAAUCCAUUUGUGUCUGCAUCCGCGGUACCAUGGGUUAUUGGACUAGGUUAUGCAACAAUGAUCUGGGGUUUUGCGGAUGUGACAAUAGAGCUUAAUUCAUCUCGUGACUUGGGCGCUCGCAUUGUUGCAGCCAUAUUUUUUGGAGGCGAUGCGUUCUCGCUUUAUUCAUUGAUACCCGUUCUCACGAGUAUACCUGCUAUGCUUUUUGGGACAGCAUUGUAUGAGAUGAUCCAACGCGAUAGCUUUGCAGUUAUUGCCAAAGGCCAUAACGUACAUGAGAAAGGAGAAGAGGGUAUCAUGCAACAUUUAUCCAAGAAUGGUGCUCUUGCUGGGAGUACCAGUGCCUCGGGCACGAGUAUAGACAGUGAAGUAUGGGAUAAUGGGAGAAAGAAUGAUUCUGCUGUAUGAACAAUACGAAAGUCGAUCAGAGUCGGGUCUUGGCCAUCCCCAGACCCUAAUGAAUAAUGACA